AAUCUAUUUACAUCGCACUUAGGACAAGUUAGUUUUAAGAACCAUUUCUUAAAAAAUUCUUUGUAACUGGAUUAACUGUUAUACACAUCUGAAUUUAAUGAAAAGAAUAAACGUGAAAUUAUCAACAUGUUGUUAAAAAAUAUAAAUAAUUUACUACAAGUUUUUGUUCUUGGUCAAAAAGUAACCAAACGGUAUCUAAAUUUUAUACCCGUUGUUGUGGAACAAAGUGGAAGAGGAGAACGUGCAUAUGACAUUUAUUCACGUCUCUUAAAAGAAAGGAUUAUUUGUUUAAUGGGACCGAUUACAGACAAUGUGUCUUCAGUAGUAAUUGCACAACUACUAUUUCUUCAAUCAGAAAAUAGUAAAAAUCCAAUUCAUAUGUACAUUAAUUCACCUGGUGGAAGUGUAACAGCAGGGCUUGGUAUAUAUGAUACUAUGCAAUAUGUUUUACCUCCUGUUGCAACAUGGUGUGUGGGCCAAGCAUGUUCAAUGGCAAGUUUAUUAUUGGCUGCAGGAACAAAAGGAAUGCGUCAUUCAUUACCUAAUGCAAGAAUUAUGACACAUCAGCCAUCAGGAGGUGUAUCUGGUCAAGCUACUGAUAUACAAAUACAGGCCCUAGAGAUAUUAAAGCUUAAAAAGCAAAUUAAUAAUUUAUAUGUCAAACAUACAGGCUUAGAUCUGGAAAAAAUAGAACGUUGUAUGGAAAGGGAUAAUUUUAUGAGUCCUAAUGAAGCAAAGGAAUUUGGAAUUAUAGAUAAGGUACUAUCACAUCCUAUGCAAGAAGAAGAAACAGAAAGCACAAAAUUAUCAGAAGUUGCUCUGGAAGUUACUACCCAGCCUUGAUAUUAGGAUUAAAAAACAUCUUCUUAAAAUUA